GUAUAACGUUUUCUUAGAGUUAUCUGCGUUUCGCAUGUGCAGAAGUUCGGUUUACAAUGGCAAAGUCAAUAUCCGUUGCUCAGUCAAGGUUUUCAGUAUUGUCAAUUGAUGACUGUGGUGAUGAUGACAGAAAGUCAUCAAAGAAACAACAGGCGAAGCCAAAUGAACAACCAAGUCAACCAAAGAAAAAGAAAAACAAAUCGAAACAGAAACAAGAAACCUCUGAAUUGAAGCAGUUGGCAUUUGGCACUCGUCAGCCUCGGCAACACAAGGACUCUUCCUCCGAGCAAAACAAGAAACAGAAAUCAGGAGGUCAGCAAAACAAACCUGAACAAUGGGAGGAAUGGAGGCAAAAGGACGAGGAGUUUGCCAAAGAUGUCUAUGAAAAGGAUCUUGAACAAGCUUUACUACAGAGUAAAGUGGACUUUGAACUUGAAAAGCAGCGAAAAGUAGAAAAUGGCGCUACAGUUGGCAGUAAUGGGUUCCUUACCGACAGCAAGGAAGGUAAGCGGAGCAAGAAGAAGAAGGAUAAGCCACACACCAUGAGUCUGGAGGAGUUCAACCAACGGGCAAAUGCUCCACUUGAUGAUGUGGACGAUUUAGAUAACAUCCCAGUGCCCCGAGUUCCAGCAGUAGCAAUGGGGGAAGGCGAUGCCAAGUUCUUUGACAAAGUUGAAAAUGAUGUCCACAGAAUUAUACAGAAGGAGAAGAUCCAGGAAGAAUACAAAAAACACUAUGUCCGUGAAAGUGCCAUGACAACAAAGUAUCAGGAAGAGCUGUCAAAUAAAGACAAAGAAAUUCUUGAAUUAAAGGCACAAGUAGAAACAUUACAGGAGGAGUUUAAGCAAGUAAAGAAAAGGAACAAGCAGCUGUGUGUGAUAUUAGCUCAAGGAGAAAUGAAAGACAAGGCCCAAGUUCUGAUGCAGUUAGAAGACCUCACACAAGUACGAGAUGAACUAACAGAGCAGGUCUCACAACUGACUGCUGAACUGGAGAAGGAAAAAUCAAAAGUGCAUGGCUUAAAAUCUGAACUAGACAAAGUGAAGGGAGGGAAGCAUUACUCAGGAAAGUGAGAACCACUUUGCUGCAUCUCCAUUCCGUGUACUUCUACUUAGAUGACAUCAGACCCAACACAAUGGAACCAACACCUGCAACAGUGACGUGCUGCACGGCACCAACAUAUGGUCAUUGUAAACCAUGGUCAUGUAUACUACAGCAUUUUUUCACAGACAUCUUUUGAAUUUCUUCACUCAUACUUUUAAGCAAGUUACAUGAAUGUUCUAAUAUAUUCCGUACCAGAUACUAUUAUUAAUUGUAUUGGGACCUAUUCUGAGUUAUAUUUCAUACAAAUGUUCCUGUUUGUGGAAAAUGCUUAUGGUUACAAUGUCCCAAUGCAGUUUCAGUGUCCCUGUAUAUAUUGAUCCACAACCAAGUUCCAACUUGUAGCUUGUUACAUCUAUGUAACCAAACACUCAGAAACUGUGAGAUAUAUUGCUGACAGGUGGAAAUUGACAAUAUCUACAUUAUCUACAUCAUAACUGAUACAAUCACUUGGUAACAUCAAAGCAUUGUUUCUUUUUGUCAUAUAGAUUUUCUUGUUGAAAAGUUGUCUGGGAUGAAACAUGAUUGACAACUGUUACGACUUUUAGUUGAUUGGUUGGAUAGUAAUUGGAAGAUAUUACAUGACAUUAUUUGUUGGUUUUAGUUUUUUAAUGGCAAACAAAAUACAUGAAAUUGCACAAGAGUUGCUGUUAUGAUUAUUACACUGUUCACUUAGAAUGAAUCUGAUCUGUUUAAAAUACAAAUGGUCUGCAUUUUCAAUGUUAUUAAAAUCAGGCAGCUGUUGCACAUAGCAGUCUUAGUACUAUGUUUAUCAUAGACACAACAAUAGCUUUGUGCAGCAGGGCCCUGACCUUUUGUCCAGUAUCACACCUCCCUGCAUCAAGAUUUGGGGACACCUCCACAGAAGGUUGGGUCCAGUGAACUCUCCACUUGACCAAACAGCACUGAGGCUUGGUACGCAUCCUUCAUUCAGAGUGGGUGUGAAGGGUUCACCUGACAUGACCAUCUGUGGAGGUGAUCAACUCUCAAUGUUGGAAUAAACAAUCAGAUUUUAUUUGUCAUUUGUUUCAUAAAUAUUAUAACGUAUACAGAGAAAUUCAGAUUCUCAGGAGAUUCACAAGAGUUGGAUCCAUUGUCUUCAAGAUAUGGUUCUUCAGGUUUUAGUAAGUUUGUGUUCACAUGAAGGCUUUUAAUGUCAACAAAGUAGUCAAAAUAAAACUACAAACACACUGAUUAAUCUCUUUUCUUCUGUAAUGGAACAAAAAUACAAAUACAUGUUUUAAAAACAUCUUGUCAGUUAAAUUAGAAUUAGUUUUGUUCCUUUUGCAAGACUGUGGUAAAACACUGGGGAACCUUGGUCAGGUCACAUUUUUAUGUUUAAUGUAUCACUCAAAUAGACUGAGAUUCUGGGAAGAUCUUGUGUGAUGUGAUGGCCUUGAGAUGAUUUGUGGAUGUUUCUGUCUUCAUGUUCACUGAUUAAUUGCAUGUAAUGGUUGUGGCAGACAUUUGCAGGUCCAUGAUGGUGGCAUUCAGUAAGUAUGUACAUAACAGCAACUACUACCGGUACAUACUUGCUUUUACUCUGUUCUGAAGAAGAUUCAGAUUUCUUUGUUAUAAUUCAUUAUAAUAAGUUUAUUUCAAGAUGGAAAUAAACAAUUACAAACUUA